UCAGAGACAUGCGAAAAGCCUGUGGAGGCGUUGAACAGGCAGUUCCUGUUUCCGGCAUAUCCGAGGAAAGGGUGAUGGGAGGAGGCGGAGGGGCGGAAAAAAAAAUAACAAGGAAAGCUUUUUGUCAUGGCGCUGGGGAAGGUGGCAGUGCGACCUUGGUUUCGAAGUUGCUCUUUCCUGGAGACCCGUUUCUUUUGCGAGGCUCCAAGAAUAAAAUCCGGCUGCAGCCGUCAACUUUCUUCAGGCCAUGGAGGAAUAAGGGGAGUCGAGGUGUUUGAAAAAUUCAAAAUUUUCAGAAGAGGGUUUAUAUUUUCAGCAUUGUCCUACCUCGGAUACAACACUUAUCUAGUAAUCUCUCGGUCUGCUAUGGUUCUUGCUGAUGUGAAAAUUGAUGAAAUCAUACAUCAAGCAGAUUAUCUCUAUGGAAGUGGAGAAACCGAAAAGCUUUAUCAGUUGCUGAGUGAACACAAAAACAGUGAAAAUGCACAAGUAUUGUGGCGUCUGGCACGAGCUUUACGAGACCUUGCUCAACUUAGUCACACUUCACCAGAAAAAAAGAAGCAGCUGGCUUAUGAAGCCCUUGGUUAUGCAAAGAAGGCACUAGAGAAGGACAGCAAUUGUUAUUGUGUACACAAGUGGUAUGCAAUAUGCCUCAGUGAUGUGGGAGACUAUGAAGGAAUAAAGAACAAAAUCUCCAGUGCUUUUGUUAUUAAGGAACAUUUUCAGAAAGCAAUUGAUCUGAAUCCAAAGGAUGCUACUUCACUUCAUCUUAUGGGCAUUUGGUGUUACACAUUUGCUGAUAUGCCAUGGUAUCAGAGGAACAUAGCCGCUAUUUUAUUCUCAACACCACCCAGUUCUACCUAUGAAGAAGCAUUACAGUACUUUCAAAAGGCUGAAAAUGUUGAACCAAAUUUCUAUAGUAAAAACUUGCUGUUCUUGGGAAAGACAUACAUGAAAUUAAAUAAUAAAAAGAUGGCCCUUCUCUGGCUAACAAAAGCUAGAGAUCGGCUACCACAUACAGAGGAAGAUAAGCAGGUACAAAAAGAAGCUUUGGAACUACUAAAUUCUAUAUGACACGAUUACUCAAAAUAUAUGAUGAACUAAGAAAAUAAACAAAGCUAAACUGUUA